GCUCCCCCCCGUCGCAGCCACAUAAAGCGCCGCCGCCCCAAAAGCCGCUGCCCCCCGACUGCUGCCCCACGGCUGCUGCCCCAUGGCUGCGCUCCGGCGCCGCGGGACCCCCCCAGCCCGGCUCCUCCUGGCCCUGCUCUGCUGGGCUCUGACCUCCCGCUGCACCGGAGCCACGGCCGUGCAGCCCCCCAGCGUCACCCUCCUGCAGACACCAGAGCGGGCCCCCCGCCCAGGUGACAGCGUGACCGCGCGGUGCGAGGCGCUCAGCACCCUCCCGGAGCUGACACUGAUUUACUGGUUGGGGAACGGCUCCUUUGUGGAGAAGCUGCCCCCGGCCGCGGCCGCUCGCGAGGAGCCGGUGCGGGAGGAGCCGCGCGGCGCGGGGGUGAUGCUGCGCCGGGACCUGCGCCUGGAGCCCUUCAGCGCCCAUCACUCCCGCACCACCUUCUCCUGCGUGGUGCUCAGCCCGCUCGGGGCGCACACCACGGACCUGCGCUGGCCGCCGCCAGCGCCGGCGCGGGGCUGAGGCCGGGCGGCAGCUCAUGACACGUGUGUACAUCACAACGUGGGUCCUGCUCCGCACCCCCGCGCCGCUGCGUGGGGACACCACCCCUCAUGGAGGCCCGUCCCCCUGGGAUGGGGAUGGGUCUGCUCAGCCCCACGGCUCCCGGUGCCCCUCGCCGAGCCGGGAGCCGCUGCCCGGGCCGGCCCCGGGCCCUGCCCGCAGCGGGCUGUGGGACCCCCGCGGUUAUUAAAGCACAUUGAGGCUGCCCCGCGUCACCCG